AUGGUGGAAUCUGAGCCGGGACUUGCACAGCACUGCCAGCAGGCAGCAGCGGAGGCUCCCGGCUCUCCAGUGACGACAGCAGCAGCAGCAGCAGCAGAGGCAGCAGGCCCGUUAAACGCGAGCAGCAACGAAAACAGCAGCAGCAAACUGUCCAAAAACGCCCUGCGGAGGCUGCGGGCGCAGGAGCGGCUGCAGCAGAUCAAAGAGCGGCGGCGGUCGCUGCGUUCUGCUGCGAAGCGGCGCAAGAAGUGCGCGCGGCGCGAAGCAGCAGCAGCAGCGGCAGCAGCAGCAGAAGCAGCAGGAUCGGGCGAGCGCGAGGAGCCGCUGCUGCCGCAAGACUGCAGCAGCAGCAGCAGCAGCACGGGCGUGCGGCUGCGGCUGUGCAUUGACUGCGACUUCGAGGAGCAGCAAACGGAUUCGGAAAUCUUUUCUCUUGUGCAGCAGCUGAUGUACACUUACGGAGAAGCAAAAAGACUAAAUCGGCAGCAAGACAAAAAGGCAGCAGUGCAGCGGCGCUGGAAAAGCGGCUGGAGAAACAAAGAAAAGCAGCUGCCUCAAGAGCCAGCAGCAGACGCAGCAGCAGCAGCGGAUUCGGCUGCUGCUGCUUCCCCCAGCGACGCAGCAGCAGCGGCAGCGGAUUCUGCCGCUGCCGCGCCCCCCAGCGACGCAGCAGCAGCAGCAGAGGAUUCUGCUGCUGCUGCUGCGCCCCCCAGCGACGCAGCAGCAGCAGUGGCAGCGGAUUCUGCUGCUGCUGCUCCCCCGAAGGACGCAGCGGCAUCGCCAGCAGCAGCUUCUGCUGCUGCAGCGCCGGCCGGCAGCAGCAGCAAGGACAGCAGCGUGGGCUGCACCAGCACCAGCAGCACCUGUGAGAGCCCCAGCAACACCAGCAGCAGCAGCAGCAGCAACGACGCGGAUUCGAGCAGCAGCAAGGCGCCCCCCAGCAGCAGCAGCAGCAGCAGCAGCAGCAGCAGCAGCAGCGCGGUGGAGCUGUGGAUCGCGGGCGUGGGCCCGCGGGUGGCUGCUGCGCUGCAGCGAGUGCAGUGCGCGGGCCGGUGGAAGUGCGGAGUGAGCAGUUUGUCGUUUUUGGAAGUUUUUGAAAAAGAAAAAAAAGAAAAUAAAAUAAUUUAUUUGACAGCAGACGCAGCAGAAGAGCUGCAGACACUCGAGCGCGACGCGGUGUACGUACUCGGCGGCCUCGUCGACAGAAACCGAUUCAAACUUCUCACUUUCAACAAAAGCCGAGCAGCAAACUUGCGCGCAGCAAAGCUUCCCAUCAGCAGCGCCUUCUGCAGCAGCAGCAGCAGCAGCAGCAGCAGCGGCGGCGGCGGCGGCGCAGGCGGCCUUCGGGGGUCCAAGAUCCUCACUGUCAACCAGGUUGCUUCAGUGCUGAUGGCCUACGCGGAGCUGGGCUGCUGGCGCGCAGCUCUUUCGCGUGUGCUGCCGCAGCGCAAAACUUGGGGGGUCACUUUGGAGGAAGAAGAAGAGCCUUUUGUCAACAAUUUGCUGCUCGAAGAGUAG